GGAGCAGCGCGGACGCGAGUCGGGCCGAGGGUGACGGGAGGUCGCCGGGCCUCCCGCGCCGCCGCCCCUUGCCUGACGCACAGAGGGGCCGGGACGCGAUUUGCCGCGAGUGACUGGAGCCGCUGCCGCCGCCACCGCCGCCCGGGCCCGCUCCGCCCUCAGUCCGCCUUCCUCCCGCCUCGCCCUCCGCCUCCGCUCGCGCCUUGCUCGCGUCCCCGCGUUCUCCCCACCGCCCCGGAACGGCGGGCCGCCAGCGCCAGCGCCAGCCAGACAUCACCCAAGAAGUUGGAAGCGCUGUUGAGGGAGUAACUCGAUACAGCUGUUUGACAGAAAGGAAAAUUUACUAGAGGAGGUUUACUGGAGUAAAAUGGAGGCCUCAGUAAUAUUACCCAUUCUGAAGAAAAAACUAGCCUUCCUUUCAGGAGGAAAGGACAGACGAAGUGGCCUCAUUCUGACAAUUCCAUUAUGCCUGGAACAGACAAAUAUGGAUGAGCUGAGUGUCACCUUAGACUACCUACUCAGCAUUCCAAGUGAAAAGUGUAAGGCUAGAGGAUUUACCGUGAUUGUGGAUGGCAGAAAAUCCCAGUGGAAUGUGGUGAAAACAGUAGUCUUAAUGCUACAGAAUGUUGUUCCAGCUGAAGUGUCCCUUGUUUGUGUAGUGAAGCCAGAUGAAUUCUGGGAUAAGAAAGUAACACAUUUUUGUUUUUGGAAAGAAAAGGAUAGACUUGGCUUUGAGGUUAUUUUAGUGUCUGCCAAUAAAUUGACUCGUUAUAUAGAACCAUGCCAGUUAACAGAAGAUUUUGGUGGGAGUCUCACCUAUGAUCAUAUGGACUGGUUAAAUAAGAGGCUGGUUUUUGAGAAGUUUACAAAGGAAUCUACAUCAUUAUUAGAUGAACUUGCUUUGAUUAACAAUGGAAGUGAUAAAGGAAAUCAGCAAGAGAAAGAAAGGUCUGUGGAUUUAAACUUUCUUCCAUCAGUUGAUCCUGAAACUGUUCUUCAGACAGGACAUGAAUUGUUAUCCGAAUUACAGCAGCGUCGAUUUAAUGGCUCAGAUGGAGGGGUCUCGUGGUCUCCUAUGGAUGAUGAACUGCUUGCACAGCCACAGGUUAUGAAAUUAUUAGAUUCACUGCGAGAGCAAUAUACCCGCUACCAGGAAGUUUGUAGGCAACGUAGUAAGCGUACACAGUUAGAAGAGAUUCAACAGAAGGUGAUGCAGGUUGUGAACUGGCUUGAAGGGCCUGGAUCAGAACAGCUGAGAGCCCAGUGGGGGAUUGGAGACUCCAUUCGGGCUUCCCAAGCCCUACAGCAGAAGCACGAAGAGAUCGAGAGCCAGCACAGUGAAUGGUUUGCAGUUUAUGUGGAACUUAAUCAGCAAAUUGCAGCACUCUUAAAUGCUGGGGAUGAGGAAGAUCUUGUGGAACUGAAGUCGCUGCAGCAACAACUUAGUGAUGUUUGUUAUCGACAGGCCAGUCAGCUGGAAUUUAGGCAGAAUCUCUUACAAGCAGCUCUUGAAUUUCAUGGUGUUGCCCAAGAUUUGUCUCAGCAGUUGGAUGGCUUAUUAGGGAUGUUGUGCGUAGAUGUAGCACCAGCUGAUGGAGCAUCGAUUCAGCAAACUUUAAAACUGCUUGAAGAGAAGCUGAAAAGUGUUGAUGUAGGAUUGCAAGGUUUGCGUGAAAAAGGUCAAGGUCUUCUGGAUCAGAUCUCCAAUCAGGCAUCCUGGGCCUAUGGAAAGGAUGUAACCAUUGAAAAUAAAGAAAAUGUGGACCACAUACAAGGAGUGAUGGAAGAUAUGCAGCUUAGGAAACAAAGAUGUGAAGACAUGGUAGAUGUGCGAAGAUUAAAGAUGCUUCAGAUGGUGCAGUUGUUUAAAUGUGAAGAAGAUGCUGCCCAGGCAGUAGAAUGGCUAAGUGAACUUCUGGAUGCUCUUCUUAAGACCCACAUCAGAUUGGGUGAUGAUGCUCAGGAAACGAAAGUCCUACUGGAGAAGCAUAGAAAAUUUGUCGAUGUUGCACAGAGCACUUAUGACUAUGGAAGACAGUUGCUACAGGCCACAGUUGUGCUGUGCCAGUCUUUGCGCUGCACCUCUCGAUCAUCUGGGGAUACACUUCCUCGACUGAACAGAGUAUGGAAACAAUUUACAAUAGCAUCUGAAGAGAGGGUACAUAGGCUGGAAAUGGCUAUUGCAUUUCACUCAAAUGCUGAAAAGAUUUUGCAAGACUGUCCAGAAGAGCCUGAAGCUAUUAAUGAUGAGGAGCAAUUUGAUGAAAUUGAAGCAGUUGGGAAAUCCCUUUUAGAUAGACUAACUGUUCCUGUGGUUUAUCCUGAUGGAACUGAACAAUAUUUUGGGAGUCCAAGUGACAUGGCUUCUACUGCAGAACACAUCAGAGACAGGAUGAAACUAGUUAGUCUCAAAAGGCAGCAGCUGAGACAUCCCGAAAUGAUGACUACAGAGAGCUAAUAGCUGCCUUCUUCCCGCAGAUCUGCAGUUCAUAAUCCCGCAUGUCGUUGGCAUACUGCAGCAUUAGCUACGAUAUGUUAAGAUGCAUUUCCCAGCCAGGAUAAGCCUCAUUUCUUUCCAUUACACACUUCUCUCCACAUGUUAACAUCCUGUAACUACCAAGCAGAAUUAUUUAACAUGCUUUGAGACCAUAGACUCCAAGUAUCUUAAAAGAAGGAACUGUAAACAUUGCACUGAAAACUUGCUUUAAAGCUUUACCUGACCUGUCAGUUUGUAGAUGAAUAACUGAUAAUAAGCUUUGAAUGGUGCUAAUAAGAGUUUAGAACUUCUCUCUAUAAAAAAUGGUUGUCCUUCCUCCCCAAGUGAUGUAGUAAAUUUAGACUAUAGUUAAACUGUUAUUAGUAGACAGUGGUGUCCUCAAAAUUUUACUUUGUAAUUCUCCUUCAAAAUUGAGUAUUUUUAUUGUGUCAGUAUGAAGAAAACCUUCAGAUUUUUGAUAUAUCAUAUUCAUUAAAAAACAUUUUCCUAUUUGUAUUGAUAAUGUAUAAAAGUUGUUUGUGCUUAAUAAAAGGAUUCUUUUAAACAUCUUA